AUGGAACAACCACUUCAAGAUGCUUUUAAUUUUUCGGCACUUAAUCCUAAUCGUAGCUCACCAUCUGAAACGAUUGAAUCGUUGAUUAAUCGACUUAUGAUCGAGUCAUGGUUGCCAAAUAUUUCAUUUUCUUCAUAUUAUAAUGCAUGUGCGCCAUUAUCAUGUACAUUUCAAUAUAAUGAUCGAAAUAAUAUAUUUGUUGUUAUUGCUACUAUUAUUGGUCUUUUUGGAGGAUUGUCACUUGGUUAUAAACUUCUUAUUUUAAUUUCACUUCGAUUAAUUGAAAAAUUUAUAGAUGGUAUAUCUUAUCAAGCUUUUAUUCAAAUGAUUAAACAUUUAUUUCGUUUUUCCGAUGAAAAACAAAUAAUAGAUCGUAUGCAUUUUAUAUUACUUUUAACAAGUUUGUGUACUUUUUAUAUGCUGUCAGCUUUUAUUCCUCAAUCUUUAACAAAAGAAUAUCAUGUAACAUCAUUAUCAAUGUAUGAAAAUCUUGUAAAACAAUUUCCUGAUUCUUCUCUUCAAUGUUCUUGUUCACAAAUAUCCAUUAAAUAUGAAUCAUUUUUUAAUAUUAAACCUCGUUUUCAUGAAAUUUGUUCAAGUGACUUUGUUUCUCCGGAAUGGAUUGAAUAUUAUUAUAGUGAUGGAAAUUUAUCUUCUCAAUAUGCAUUCGAUGAUUUUCGUUAUUCAGCUAGUUUUCAAUUUCAAGGUCUUGCUUUACUUUGUCAAUUAUCUAAAAAAAUAGUAGAUGAUGAAAUUUCGCAAUUAAUCACACGCUAUUUUAUUGAUGCUCAACUUUUAUCAUUGCAUUUAUUAAAUGAACGUAUUCAAACAUUUAUUAAUGAUUUUCAAUUAACAAUGCCAAAUUUAUUCCUCAGUACUUUAUUACUUAUUCGAGAGACAACAGGAACCAAUAUGAUUAUGAAUACAAUAUCAACUAAUUGGAAAUUUUCUACUGCAGAUUUCCCAGGUUUAGGGUGGGCUGCGCAUACAGUUCCGAUUGUUUAUGGAAAUUGUAGUUGUUCUAUUUCAUCAAAAUGUGUUAUUCCGUCACAAAAUAUGUUAGCUGGUUGUUAUCCACUUGAAGCUCUUUUACAACUAACACUUCAGUGUUUCUAUGAUCAGCAAUGUAUUGAUUCUACUGAAACAUUUAAAGCGAUGAAUAUAUUAUCGAUAAACUCUAGUCGAUUUAAUAUUAAUACCACUUUAGAAACUAUUAUAAAUCAACUUACAAUCGAAGAAUAUUUAACUAAUAUAUCGUACGAAAAAUAUUUUAAUCAAUGUGCACCCACAUCAUGUUUUGAUUCUUAUGUUGAUCGCAAUAAUUUCAUUCAAGGUAUAACUUCUUUAGUUGGAUUAUAUGGAGGAUUAAUUAUUAUCUGUAGAGUGAUAGUUGUGAUUAUUAUCAAAUUAAUUCGAUCUCCCAGUCGACAAAUCAUUCCAAUAAUAAAUUAA